UUCUUCCACGCCAACCUCCUUGGUCUGCGCGUUGUCGUGCGGUUCCGCCUCGUCUCGAACAUGAACUCAACAUCGCACUCCAAUCUCGGUCGCUCAUAAUUAUCACAGCCCAUACGGUCUUAAAGAGGAUCUGCAUCUGCAGAAUGUCCUCGCGUUAAACCACUUCCUCCUACGCGUCUGCGCGCAAUGGCAUCUCUACCUCGUUCGGAAAUACUCGAAUCUAAGCCGAUAGGAGAUGGGUUGAGUGCCUUCUGCGACUCUCACAAGCCAGAAUGUGAACUUUUUGUCGGUGAAGAGCUCAACAAUGUUCUACUCGAUCUCACACAUGCUCUACAAGGUCUUCCCGCUUCUCGCCAUCUACCAUCCUGCCGUGGCGGUAAGAAUCUCCUAGACGACUUGUCGCAACUCAUGACAGCAGUCAACGCCGAUGACUUUGAUGCCGAACGAUUAGUACCCCUUCUUCAGGCGGUUCUUCGCAGAGAACGCGACGAAGUUAUCUGGAACAAGGUCUACGCCGCCGUUGCUGCGUCCACUCCGCCUCCCCGCACCGCGUCUUCGAUUCAACAAACACCGUGGCUGCGCAGCACAGGCAGCUUCGCGAACUCGACCGAGCACCGCAAGUACGUCGACGACGUGCUCAAGGAGGAGCUGGGGCACAUGUACGUUGGCGUACCUGGUUUCUUCGACGCCUUCUUCGGGGAGGUCGCAGAUCUCGGAUCAGCAGCACAGGCUGUGUUCGACAAGUGCAAAGAGGGAGACACACCGCUUUUCCAGGAAGAGACUGGUUGGCAGGGCUGGCCUGAAGGGGCGAGGGAGGGAGAGGUGUUAAGCUGGUUUUCACCGCUUACAGAGCAGCUCUUGGACUUCGCAGAAGAGCAUCGGCCGGGGCCCAGAGUUCGACGCAGAACCGUAGCGCGACCUCACCAGCCCUUGCAGGGUUUCACGGCCGAUCGCAAGCUGGACAUCGGCUUCGUAGACAACGAGAGCGCUGGCGUCAACUCCAAGUAUCACUGGUCACGCAUCCUCGUGCCGGGAGAGCUCAAGAGCAACGCGUUGGCCGACAAGGCGUCGAAGGCGUGGCUUGACCUGGACCGGUAUGCGAGGGAGGUGCUUGCUGCUCAAGACAGCCGCCGCUUUGUGUUUGGCUUCACGCUGUGUGGAUCGCUCAUGCGGCUGUGGAGCUUCGAUCGACUGGGGGGCAUCGCGUCCGAGCAGUUCGACGUCAACGAGGACGGGCUGCAGUUUGUGUCUGCAGUCCUUGGGUUUCCUGGAUGAGCGAGGAGCAGCUGGGCUUUGACCCUACAAUCACCACAGCCAGGGACAAGGACUACUGGGCAGCCGGCUUCACAAAGGGAUGGAAGCAGCAGUCUUAGCAGGCAGAAACAGUCCUUGAGCUGCACAGAUGCUCUACUGCCACUAAGCAAGCGCACUUGCUUAAGCUCCCUAAUAAAAGCAGCUAUUAUAAACUGCGUCUAUUACUGCGUUAUUAUGCAUAACUAUAGAAAGCCUAUCUAUAUAGUAAGCUCUAAAACUAGUCUGCUUAUAGCGCUUUAAAUACUAUAUAGAAGGGUAUAAGUUAUUAUAUAUAUAAGUAAGUAUGCUUUAAUAUAAUAUCUUACUAAAUAACCUACUAGUAAACAAAGAUAAG